CAAAUCUCGUAAGGGCAAUCCAGUCUGACAGGCACGAAGUCGCCUCGAUGUCGCAUUAAUUUCGAUUACACAAAAAACACAACAUUGCGCCCCCCUCGCUCUCUCUCUCUCUACCGUCAUUUUUUCUCCCACUUUUCUCCCCCACAAGGGCCACUUCUUCAACCCCGGCAAUAUCUGGUUCUCCCGUAAUUUUCCUCUCUUUCAAACCCAAGAAAUUUCCCACAAUCGCUCCGUUAUCCGGCGAUCUGUUCUCUCGCCGCCGUGCUGUUUAGGGUUUCUACAGUUCCAGCUUUCCAAUCCUCGCGACAUUUCUUGUAUUCUUAGAGGAUUGGCCAGUAGCGUUUCGGGGUCUGAUUCGAGCGCUGCUCCGAGCGAUUUGUGCGAAUUAGGCUUUGGAAUUUGUGAGACCUUUUUCGUGUGAAUUGUGUGGUAUUCGGUCAUGCCGCGAAGCUCUCGGCACAAAUCGAGCAAGCAUAGUUCCAGGGACGCUAGGGAUUGCUCCGAUUCCGAGAAAGAUUCGGGCUUGAAGGAGAAGAAGGCGAGGGAGGAGACGGGAGCUAGGGCUGGGAAGGAUUCCGGGUCUGGAGAGAAGCGGAAACAUGAUUUGGAUGCGAAGGAUUUGAGUGGUUCGAGAAAUGGUGAAUUUGAGGAAGAGCACAGCGGGUCGAAGAGGCGAAAAGAUAGGGGUUUUGACGAUGAUGGCGUCGGUGAUCGGUGGAAUGGGGGGGAAGGUGAUAGGGUGGAGAAAGAUGGUGAAAAAUCGGCGAGGUCAAAGGCGGCGGGUGAUUCAAGGAGGAGUAGUAGUAGGAGGCAUGACGGGUCGAGUGAGAGAAGGGAAGAGACUGAGGAGACAAAGAAAAGUGGUAGUAAAAUUAAGUUGGAGAGGAAUUCGAGCCGGAAAGAUGGUGAUAUAGAGAGGGAGAAGAAGGGUAGAGAGGGGAAAAGUGAGAAAUUGAGUGAUGGUGUGACGGGGGCAGAUGUUAUCGAUAGGGAUGUGAAUAGGAAGCAUGGAUCCCAAGUGAGGGUGGGUGAAGAAGAGCGCAGGGUUAAGAAAGUGCAAGAAAAUACUGAGUCCAAGGUACAGGAUGGAUUGCAGAAACCUGAACCUGAGAGUGAGCUUGAAAAGCGAACCAAGAGGAAGCGAGAUAGCUCUACUAAUGGAGAGAAGCAUGGAGAAGAUAUACAUACUAGCAAUGAUAGACAAUUAUCUUCCAGGGAUGAUAUUUCCAAGGAUGGAAGGCAUAAGGAUGAAAGAUAUAGAGAUAAAUUCCAAGAAGAUUUGGUCAAGGACAACAAGCACCAAGAUGACAAGCGGAGAGAUGAACAGUCCGCUAGAGAGCGUACUAGCAGCAGGUCUGAUGAUAAGCAGUAUAGGGAUGGAAAGGAUACUAUAGAAAUCCGACAAAAGAAAUCUAAGCCUCAGGACCGUGACAGAGGUCGCGAUCGUGAACGUGAUCGAGAGCAUGAGCGUGAUCGUGACCGUGAUCGCGAGCGAGACCGAGAUCGAGAUCGUGACCGCGAGCGUGACCGUGAUCGUGACCGUGACCGCAAGCAUGAUCGUGAUAGGGACCGGAAUUAUGACCGUGAUCUUGACCAUUACCGUGAUUCUGAUGGUUACUAUGAUCAUGAUCGCGGCCGUGAACGUGACCGUGACCACAUUUCAAAUAAUGAUGACAGAAGUAGUGGAUACAGAGACAAAGGGAAGAAAAGAUACCCUGAUGAUAAUGAUGAUCGCAAUGAUUUAAAAUCUAAAGGUGUCAAAGUUCACCAUUCAGACUUGGAAAAGAGAUCUUUAAGUAGUAGUAAAGUAGAUUCUGAUGCUGAUAAGGGAAGGUCUCGAUUGCAUCAGGCCUAUGCAGACACUAACAACAGUAUCAAUAGACACUACUAUGAGGCCCAUCAAAGCAAUGAUGAGUACAGAUAUUUUAAACAAGAAAAUUUGAAGUAUGGGGAUUAUGUGUCAGAGCAGAGAACCAAUGCCAGUUCUGUGAGAGAAUUUUCUGCUUCUGGAGCACCAGACAGAGUGUCUAGGUACAGAUCCUUGGAGAAUCCCAUCAAAAUGGAUGGCAAUCUUUUGGGGGAAUUAUCAAUUGAAAGGUCAUCAAGUUCCAAGGCCUCACCUAUGGGCUUAACAGAAAGAUCUCCUUCAUUGACGAGCAUAGACCGUGGAUACAUGAGUAAAGCUGGCGUGAGACGUAGUCUUGAUGUUGAUGAAACUGGACGGAAGAGCAGUGGUUCUAAUGAUGCCAGAGAUAGCUCAGCAAAUGAGGAUCGACUUAGUCGGGAUAUCCCUUUAGAUAAACGUUUAGUGGAUGAGUCCUCCCAAGCAGAUUCAUUGUUACAUAAUAGAACUGGUCAAAACAGUUCGUCUUCUUUUCCGAUUCCUCCGCAAUCUGCUUUCAGGUCUGGGGUUGAUAGCCCCUCUUUAAGGGGUUCACUGGAAGAUGAUGUCAGGGGUAACUCCAGUAUCCAUUACAGGACAGGUGAUGUAAGAGGGCAUGUGAAUGCAUUGAAGGGUGUGUCAAACUGGUCUUCCCCACUGCCAAAUGGUUUCAUUCCUUUCCAACAUGGGCCGCCUCAUGGAGGUUUUCAGGGGAUGUUGCCACCUUUUUCUUCUCCUUUGUUUGGUGUUAGGCCUGCAUUGGAAAUAAACCAGUCUGGAAUACCUUAUCAUAUUCCUCAUGCUGACCGGUUUUCUAGUCAUUUACGCCCAAUUGGGUGGCCACAUAUGGUGGAUAGUCCUGGCCCGUCUCAUUUGCAUGGAUGGGAUGGACACAACGAUGUCUUUCGGGGUGAAUCUCGCAUGUAUGGGGGGCCUGAAUGGGAUCAGAACAGAAAUUCAAUGAAUGGUCGGGGAUGGGAAACAAGUGCAGACAUGUGGAAGGGACAAAAUGGUGAUGUGAAUAUGGAGUCUGUCUCUGCAUCCCAGAAAGAUGAUUAUCCUGUAAGGCCUUCAGCUGAUGACGAGUUGCCUGGAUUAGUAGAUCAGAAAUCUCAGAGUGAAAUUAACCAUCAUGGAGUUCAGGUGGUAAGCGUGGGGACAAAGAGGUCAACUGGCAGUCCAUCAAAAGAGAUUUCUGUAUCUCCUCCUAAAAGUGCCCAUGAAAAGACACCUGAACCUUCUAAAAUAUCAACUCACGGUGAUUCUAAUUUUUGCUUAGCUUAUCUUUCUAAGCUUGACAUUUCGGCAGAACUUGUCCGUCCAGAGUUGUAUAAGCAGUGUGUGAGCUUGCUGGAUUUGGGACAAGGUGCAAAUGUUGUUGAUGACGUUACUAAUCAUGUAAAGUUGGAGGAUACUUGGACACAGGGACCAAAAGUCCUAGAUGGCAUGCUUAGUGCUAAGCUUUUCCCUACUGUGAAGGAUUCUGUUCUCCAGAGAGCCAUGGAUUUGUACAGGAAGCAAAUGGUGGAAGUUAAGGGCGUACCAAUUUCUAAUGGAGGGAGAGUAAAUAUUUUUUCCGCUUCUGGUCAGGAAAAAGUGGAAGAGCAUGUCCCAGUCUCUGAUGAGGAGAGAAGUGAGGAGCCUGUGCUUUCUUCUGAUCCAGAAUUGUCAAAGGAGCCAGUUUAUACUUCUGAUCAGGAAAAGUCGAAUGAACUCAUUCUAACCUCUAGUCAGGAGAUACAGAAGGAUCCCGAAGACACUUCCAGUCAUGAAGUGCAAGAACAUGUGCACACACCUAGUGUGGCCUCAGAAACCCCUGUCGAAGCUCUCAGUUCUGAGAACCUAGAGGAGCCACAGAUUAUCAGCUCAGAGAAAAUGGACGCAGAGACUCCUGAUGAGGAUAAACCGGUGGUUCAGGAUUGUAGCUUGUCUCUUGAAAAUUCUUCACAAACCCCUACCAUCCCCCUUCGGGAAGAUGAGGAGGUUGAUGAGUUGAGGGGAGAAGGGAGUAAACAUUCUGCCUGUUUUGUUGAAGAACAGGCAAUCGGUGAUGCAACGGAUGGUUGCCCCUUAUUUUGUAGGGAUGAGUCCUCCCGUGCAUGUGAGGGUUUAAUGCCGGGUUCAAAUGAGUCUGAGUCGGUAAUUUUAAGUCGGAUACAUCAUUCUCCUGAAAAUACACAUUGAGACAAUUUCUAUAUCCUUUGUUUUUAAAAUGUGUUUUUGCUUAGGGUUUUUUUUUUCCUCAUCCUGAUUUUGUUGCUUUUCUUCGAGUAAGGAAAUAAAGGAAAUCUGCCUUGGUUC